AUGUCACGUGAAUUCAUUAUGGGUUUUUUUAUUGUCAUUUUGGUUCUAUUAGUUUCACAAAUAGAAGCACAAGACACCAAUACAGACAGUACAUCUCCAGUGGUCGAUCAAGAUACGAUGAUAACUGAAACAGAAUCUUCGCCAACAGACGCAGAAACUUUGCCAACAGGCUCAGAAACUUUGCCAACAGACGCAGCAACUUUACCAACAGACACAGAAACUUUGCCAACAGACGCAGCAACUUUGCCAACAGACGCAGCAACUUUGCCAACAGACGCAGCAACUUUGCCAACAGACGCAGCAACUUUGCCAACAGACGCAGUAACUUUGCCAACAGGCUCAACACCGAUGAUUAGUAUCUCAACAUACUCAACACCCAUGACUACCAUGUCAACAAGCUCACCCAAUAAUCGUGGUGUUACUUUAAAUUCAUGUAACUUUCUUUUAAUUCUUUUUAGUGCUUUACUUUUAUUUGUAUAA